AUGAGCACACGAAGCAGUGCUAAGAAACAAGAAGCAAAGCAAAAGGAGCUUAAGGCCAACAAGGAAAUACCUACGCCGAAACAAGAACCAGUCUGCCAAACGACUCAAAGCGACGAAUCUGCAAAAUUAAAAUCGAUAGAUAAGAAAAAGGAGCUACUCGAUAAAACAAUUAAUGUAGAUGUGGGUAGUGCAAGUGAAAAGUGCAAAAUGGACGACUUUCCUAAAUCGAAAUCUAUAAAGUCUACUCGAAAGUCGAAAGCAUCAGGUUCUGCGCGUUCUUCAGUCGUGGCUAGAAAGAAGUUGCUAGAAUUAGAAGCGGCAGAAGCGAAAGCGCGUAUACAAAUGGAAUUAAUCGACAAAAAGCUAGCGGCGGACCUAGCACAAUUGGAUGAAGAAAACGAAGAAUACAGUUCACAAUCGGAAGCUAGUGAAAUUCACACUAGUAAAGAAGUGGAGAAAUGGUUAGAACGCAGUCAUCUAGAACUGAAAGAGCAGCCUGUGCCACCAACGGAAAAUACAUUGGACAAGCUGUGCCCGCCGCCCGCGCCGCUGGCUGCACCAGCGCGCGACGGCACCGAAGAUACAGUUCACCUACUGGCAACUGCACUCAAAGACAUAGCCGCAGUCUCCUCUACUAACGGACCUAACGCUCGAAUGUUGAGCCGCCUCUGCACGCCGCGAGAUUUACCCUCGUUUUCCGGUGAUCCAAUGGAGUGGCUCCAAUUCAAGCAGGCGUAUGACGAAUCAACUGAAGUGUGCAAUUUCAACGACAAAGAAAACCUGUGGAGACUACGAAAAUGCCUUCAGGGACCAGCUAAGGAAGCAGUAACCUCUCUGUUAAUUGGAGCCACCGCACCAGAUCUAGUGAUGUCUACCCUAGAGCUACAGUUUGGGAAUCCCGAUAUUAUUAUAUCAAAAAUUGUGCAAAGCAUCAACAAACUGCCAGUGAUGUCUCAAGAGUAUCAUAAGGAUAUAGUGUCAUUCUCCGUGAAGGUGAAGAAUUACGUUGCAGCAGUAACAGCUAUUGGUCAUGAUGAGUACUUAAGGGGGAUGAAAAUCAUAUCUGUAAUUCUGUCAAAAUUGCCAACUGUGUUAAUAUCCAAAUGGGUCGACUACAGUUACCCGCUUAUCAACGAGGGCAAGAAACCACGGCUCGCUAUUUUGUCAGAAUUUUUAAAUGACGAAGCUCUCAAAACAUCAAAAACAGCUGUUAUCCUCGCGAACACUUACGGUGAUACUAAACGUAAACAAAGUGACUUUUACCGCUCUCAAACCGCUGGUGUGUUCACGGUCGCGUCACAGCACCGCGCGAUAAGGGCCAGCGGCUAG